UAAAAUCCUCCCAAAGGACAUCCUAGAACAAUCCAAAUGUGAGUCCACUUGUCUGACAAGUUCAAGGUCCAACUUUUUGACACUGUGAAUCCGAGGUAAGAAUUCCUCAACUAUUCCAUCAGAAGUAAUCAAGAGAGAAGCGCGGGAAGCAAGAAUGCUAGCAAACGGGAGAUACCAACUUAGGGAUGUCUCGUCCAGAUUCUUCAACAAAUUUCAGGUAGGCAAAGCCAAAGCGUAUUCGAUAAAGACUCUUCACGAUAUAGGACAGCCCACAGCUGCUACUCAUCCUCAGUUAGUGAAGGAAGGUGAGAUUACUCCUGGCAUUACGAGUGAAGAAUAUAUCACAAGAAGGAAAAAAUUAUUAGAGCUCCUGCCUAAGAAAAGUUUGGCAAUUUUUGCAUCUGCCCCAAGAAAAAUGAUGACUGAUGUUGUACCUUACACGUUCCGACAAGAUGCUGAUUACUCAUACAUAACUGGAUGUCAGCAACCUGGUGGUAUAGCCGUCUUAGGUCACGAUUGUGGUUUAUGCAUGUUCAUGCCAGAAGCCAACCCUCAUGAUGUGAUUUGGCAAGGAGAGGUAGCCGGUGUUGAUGCUGCUCUACAGAUAUUCAAGGCUGAUCAGGCUUACCCUAUUAACAGCUUACAAAAGAUACUCUCUGAGAUGAUCGGAAGUUGUUCUAACAUAUUCCAUAAUGUUAAGACUGCUACAUCAGCAUAUGUUGACCUAGAGUCAUUUAGAAAAGCAUAUCAGAAUGGUGUGGUAAAAGAUUUCUCUAUUUACACUCAUGAAGCACGAUUGGUCAAAUCAUCUGCCGAGCUUAAAUUGAUGCGAGACUCUGCAUCUAUUGCUUGCCAGGCUCUUUUAAAAACCAUGAUGCAUUCAAAGGUAUAUCCUCAUGAGGGUAUGCUCUCAGCAAAGUUUGAAUAUGAAUGCAAGAUGAGAGGUGCCCAAAGAAUGGCGUUCAAUCCAGUGGUUGGUGGUGGGCCUAAUGGUUGUGUUAUUCAUUAUGCUCGGAAUGAUCAAAGGAUUGAAGAUGGUAACCUUGUUUUGAUGGAUGUCGGUUGUGAGCUGCAUGGUUAUGUUAGCGAUCUUACUCGGACCUGGCCACCUUGUGGCCACUUCUCUCCUGUUCAUGAAGAAUUGUAUCAUAUUCUCUUAGAGACAAACAAGGAGUGUAUCAAUAUGUGUAGACCUGGCACAAGCAUUGAUGAAAUACAUUACUACUCGGUUAAAAAGAUGCGGAAAUUAUUCAAGGAGAUUGGACUACUUAAAGAUGACAACCCUCAAAGAUAUAAUAUUCUAAAUCCAACCAAUAUAGGUCAUUAUCUAGGAAUGGACGUUCAUGAUUGUGGUACUGUGAGCUACAACAAAAUUUUAAAGCCUGGUGUUGUGAUCACAAUUGAACCAGGGGUAUACAUCCCUUCUAAUUGUGAUGUUCCCAGAAGGUACCAAGGCAUUGGGAUAAGAAUUGAAGAUGAAGUCCUCAUCACAGAAACAGGCUGCGAGGUACUCACAGGAUCAAUACCCAAAGAAAUCAAGCACAUUGAAUCCCUUCUGAACGACUUUAGCAAUGGAGUGGAAUCUCAUAAUAGCUUCACAAAAUCUGCAUUUAGUUAGUUUGGCCUUGACGCUUCGCUCAUUGAUGAUAUCAAGAGCCAGUUUCGGAUAACUUUGUAAUAGGUGCAAUUUUGCUAGCUUCUACAAGCAAUGCUUUGGUUCUUUUAUUUAUUGGAAUAAAAUAGAUUUAACUGAAUUAAACGAAUAAACAAUUCUUAGCUUUUAUAGAGUUGAAUACAUUUUUUUUAUAUCAAAAGUUAAAGCCAUCAAAAUGGUGCUUUGACAAAAUUACCUUUUCUUUGGGGAAGUGCAUUUAAUCAAGAGCACUCGUAAACUCUGCACCUGUGUUCUCUACUAUUUUUACACUAAAGCAAGUUCAUACGUUGUGUUAUUUGAUUUUCUCUAUUUUGAUUUUUUCCUUGUAAUUACAUGUCAAACAUAAAAAAGUGUUUAUUGAAAGCAUCCACAUUGAUGAUCUUCAACUUUACGAUUUUCAUGGCUUAUUAUUGUCAUAUCACCUUCACAUAAGAUAAUCUCAAAUAAUCUCCAAACCAAUAAAUUUCUUCUCAUUUAUGAUCUUAAUACCUUGGAUAGGAGCAUGAGUAUGCACGAAUUACAAAACUAGUCAUCAGUUCAUCACCAUAAUUAUGAGUAUAUGCUUAGAAGUUGGAAAUAAUCUCAAAAUAAUCUAGCUUUAGAAUUUGAUACCAAAUUAUUUUAUCAAAUAAUCUCAUAAAAUAAUCUCAACUCCUCAUUCAUGAUCCAAAAAAAAAUUCUCCACAUCAUCAAAAUGAUCUCAAAAAUAAUCUAUGGAUGUGGAUGUCCUGAUGCAAAAUGUUUUACUUUUGGC